AUUGUCUACGUCAUCACCAAGCGUCAGCUGUUUCGCGCAAUUGCCGCAUCUGCUUUGCUCAAACGGCUGAGCUAAAAACUAGAAACUGAAAUCCGCUUGUUAAAGGAACCAUACUCAAACCCAGUUGUUCAAAGACUUUGCUAAAUUGUGUUACUACUUGUUUUUUAGGCGUACUGUUCUAUGUGUAAGGGUAGCGGAGGACUCUGACAGGCUAUCUUUAACUUCUACCAUAGCUUGUAAAGUGUUGCUGUUUGCUUGCGGCUGACUCGGCCAGGGGAGAACAUCUGUGAGUCAGAGGAUGGACAGUGAAAUCCAACGAGACGGGAGAGUCCUGGACCUCACUGAUGAUGCCUGGAGGGAAGACCGACUGCCGUAUGAAGAUGUCACCAUCCCUCUGACUGAAUUGCCUGAGGCUGAGCAGGACAACGGAGGCUCCACAGAGUCUGUGAAAGAACAAGAGAUGAAGUGGACAGACCUCGCCCUGCAGAGCUUGCACGAAAACACACCGAGCACUGGAAGCUGAAAGACUAAUCAGGAAUCCAACCGUAGGACAGAAAAAGAAAGUGGACAAUGGAUUCAAAGACACAUUUUAUUGUGUCUUUUGAAUUAUUUAAAUUAUGUUCCAACUAAGCUGAAAUGAUGGAAAAUGUAUUUUGCUUUACUUUUGGAUUUAUACUGUAGUACUUAUAAA